AACAUCAUAUUCAUAAAUUUUUAAUAAUAUUGAUUAUUAAAUUCAUACAUUUAAUUUAGUUUAAUUUUUUUUAUUUACAGGUUUUUUUAUUUCACUUAUUUUUUAUUUAUAUUUGUUACCAUAUGAGAAUCAAUUAUCAAUUUUAUUUCCUACUACUAAUAGCGCUAUAGUCUGUUUCUGAAUAACAUUAUGUGACAUAAACAAGUGCGGUAUCUUCAUAUUUAAUGUAAAGACGCCAUAUAAUAAAAUGAGUUUUUCAAUGCAAUUUUUGAACGAUUUUUCUUUAUAGUGACAUUAUAAUGAUAUUAUAAUCUUAAACCAUGUUUUCAGUUAGAAUAUUAACAAUAGAUAGUUAUCAAACAAAUCCCAUUCCUGAAUUAGAUCCCACGUUUUCAGAAUUUCGAGGCAAUGAAAUUAAACAUGUACCUGUGAUUAGAAUAUUUGGUUCAACUUUAACAGGAGAAAAAACAUGUUUGCACAUACAUGGUGUAUUUCCAUAUAUAUAUGUACCAUGUACCAUCAAAGAAAAUAUAAAUAGUUUUAUGCAUCGAUUAAGUUCGUCAAUAGAUAAUGCCAUUAAUGUAUCAUCAGGAAAAACAACAUGUAAUACUCAACAUGUUUACAAAAUACAAUUAGUUCGUGGAAUUCCAUAUUAUGGAUAUCAUGAAACAGAAUAUCUUUUCUUUAAAAUUUAUUUUUAUAAUCCAUUUAUUAUAAAGAAAGUAGCAGAUUUAUUACAAGAUGGUGUAAUUUGCAAUCUAAAGUUACAACCACAUGAAGCACAUAUUCCAUUUAUUUUACAAUUUAUGAUAGAUUAUAAUUUGUAUGGUAUGAAUCUUAUAAAUAUAAAAAAAAUUAAACAUCGCUGGUCUUCAUUUUUAACUACAAAAGAAGAAGCAAACGAAAUGUAUAAUUCAGAAUCGUUUGAUUCACAAAAAUAUCUUCCAAUGUCUGUUAUUCGUCAAACAAUAUGUGCCUUAGAAGUAGAUACACAAGCAGAUAAUAUAUUAAAUCGAGAAAUAAUAGGUAAAGGUAUGGAAUUAAAUCCUGGUCUUGCUGAAAUUUGGAAAGAGGAAAAAAUAAGAAGACUUCAAGCUGGCUUGGAAAAUGUUAAGUCACAAUUAUUAUAUUCAAAAAAUCCAGAGAAACGAACUGUACUACCAACUGUUAAUGAUAAUUAUCAAGAGCAACAAAUCUUUCAGAAACUUCAAGACAUUCUACAGGAGAAUGAGACUGUAACUUUAUCAAACUUAACAGAAACUUCUUAUCCAUUGCAAGCACAGGAGGAUGACGAUAUAUUAAAUGCUUCAUGGGUUGUAAAUCAUAUUACUCCAUCUUCAUCACAAAAGAUAUAUGAAAAAGAACAAACAAAAUAUGAUAACUUUAAAGAAUUGCCUUCAUAUUUUUUAUUAGAAACUCUUUCAACCGAGAAUCAAGCUAGCAAAACAAGUUCUUUGAAUGAAGAUGAUAUGGACUUAGUGGAAAUAUUAGCUGAUUUAUCAGAAAAUGAUGAAGUUAAGAAAAUAAUAGAUGAUGAUAGUAUAUUAGGAUCUCAAUAUUCAGAACAGGAUAAUAAAGUCUUAUCUGACUAUGAAGAUGAUGAAAAUGAGCAGUUGAAUUUUUCAAAUCUGGACCUGUCUAGGCUUAGUCAAAAUCUAUCAAAUACAUUAAUAGAAAAAUCAAAUAAAUCAAAUGAAGAAGAUAUCCAAACAGAACAUGAUAAGAAUUUAAGUAUAUUAACUUGUCCUCAACUUGAUGGUGCUAAUGAUUUUCUAGAAAGUCCAAAAUCUAAAAAAAGAAAAAGGGCAAAUACACAAUGCGAUAAUAUUAAUAAUGUACCGAAUAAAUCACAAUCUAAGAAAACGAAACUGGAAUAUGUUGAACAAUCACAUGUUAACAAACAAAAUCCUGAGAUUGCAUCAUCUUCAGCACUUUCUGAUAAAAAUCAUUUAGUUUUUACUGCAGUAGAUCCCUUGCUCAGAUCUAAAAUCAUCUUGGAUGAACAAGAAAAACGUAUUUCUACUUAUAAUCGCUAUAAAUCAUCUACUAAACAAACUGUAGUUGAUAUUGUACAGGAAGAAGGGAUGAAUGAUCUUAAAACCCAUAACAGUAAUAAACUUAUUAAAUCUAAGAAUAUGAGUAAUGAAGAUUUAAAAAAACAAAUAUAUGAGCCAAAGAAUAGUAAGCAAGGACUAUCAAAAAAAAAUUUUAAUUUGUCACGAAAUUACUCACCAUUAAAUUUAAUUAUUAGUUCUCCAAAAACAUUAAAAUUCAACAAUAAAAAUGCAAUAAGUUCCAAGAUUAUAGAGGGGAAUUGUAACAUAAGUCCCAAGAAAUUGGUAUUCUCUGAAUCAGAUGAUCUAAAAUGUAAUGUAACUGAACCUAGUGUAUCUCAAUAUAAUCCAGAUAUUAAAAAUCUGUCUAGAGAAUAUCAACCAAAGGCAUCAGAUAUCAGAUAUAAAAAUGACAAAACUGAUGUUCUGGCUGAUUUAUCAUUUCAAAUUGAUGAAUUAAAUGUUCCUGAAAGCGAUUUAGAAAAAAAUAUACACAACACAACAUUUACACAAUAUAUUGAAGAAAAAAUAAGAAAUGAAAGUCAAACUUUGCAGUCCAAUUAUACUGUUGUCAGUCAAACAAAAAAAGUUUCACUUACAAUUACAACAAAGUUUAACCCACCUACACGAGAACGUGUAUUACAAAGUUUGGCUAUAUACGAUAUUUCCAAAAGCACUCAAGCAGAACCAUUUUUUAGUAAUAAGUUUGAUUUAAUUAAGCAAAAAGAAAUUUCAUCUAAUACUUUCAAUAUACCAGUGAUUGCUUCGUUUAAUUCCUGUUUGAAGGGAAUUACAGGAAUUAAAUUAUGGCGACGAAUGAAAGUAAACGAAUUUUAUCCUUCUGGAUCAAACAUAAAGUCAAAUCAUAUAAAAAGAGUCCUUGCAGGUUAUAAUUUAUUAACGAUACGAACUCUUUUGGAACCUCCACAAACAAAAUCUGUUCAAACAUGGUUGAAAUUGAAGCAGUGUCUGUCUAUAAAAAAUCAACAAAUUGACGUUAAUAAUACUUCUAUAAGUGGACAAUCUCCUUCUAGUAAUUCAAAUUCAUUAAAAAAAAAUGACACACCAAAAAACACAUCUAAUGAUAUACUAUCACAUAAAUACAAUAAAGUAUCACAAUAUCUAGGAAUUUCUCAUGGACAGAUAGAAUAUUCUUUAAAUGAAAAAAUCGGCAGUGCCUCACAUGAAAAUCUUCAGCAUUCUAGAAUUAUAACUAUGCACCAAUAUAUAACAAUACUUUCUUUGGAAGUACAUAUUCUUACACGUGAAGAUUUCAUACCUGAUCCACAACAUGAUCCUAUAGAAGCAAUUUUUUAUGCUAUUCAAAAUGAUGUUCCAAUUUCUUCUGAUAUAAAGCAAAUGGAAUAUGGAGCAAUUGUACGUUUAUCCAGCGAACAGUCAGCAGGUUUCAUUAAUUCUCACAUUCCUUUUAUUCCAACUUUGAUACAAUAUGUAGAAAGUGAGGAAGAUUUAUUAAAUAAUUUAGUUACAUUAAUUCGUCGUUGUGAUCCUGAUAUAUUAAUUGGUUGGGAAGUCGAAGUUUUAUCUUGGGGUUAUAUCUUUCAAAGAGCUUCAAAUAUGGGCUUUAAACUGUUUCCUUUAUACAUUUCAAGAACUCCAAAUAUUUCAUCUUCUUAUGGAUCCCAAAUGUUCUUUAAGGAAGAUUCAGAAAUACGGAUACCAGGCCGCGUAUUUUUGAAUGUCUGGAGGAUAAUGAGACAUGAAAUAGCAUUAUCAAGUUAUACAUUUGAAAGCAUUAUGUACAAUGUGAUGAAAGAAAGAGUUUCAUGUCAAAAUUAUAAAACAUUAACUAAAUGGUGGAAACAUUCAAAUAUUGCAAUAAAAAGUAGAGUAAUCGAUCAUUAUGUUAUAAGAGUUUCAGGAAAUUUAAGAAUUCUUUCUCAAUUAGAUAUUAUUGGUAGAACGAGUGAAUAUGCACGACUCUUCGGAAUACAAUUUUAUGAAGUAUUUUCACGAGGUUCUCAGUUUCGCGUCGAAUCAAUGAUGUUAAGACUUGCAAAACCCUUAAAUUUUAUUGCUGUAUCACCUUCUGUGCAACAAAGAGCUAAAAUGCGUGCCCCAGCAGCAUUACCUUUGAUUAUGGAACCAGAGUCUAAAUUUUAUACAGAUCCAAUGAUAGUUCUUGACUUUCAAAGUUUAUAUCCAAGCAUUAUAAUUGCUUAUAAUUACUGCUUUUCUACAUGUUUAGGUCGCAUUGAACACUUAGGCCAAUCUGUACCAUUUGUGUUUGGCGCAACAACUUUAAAAAUUAAAAGAAAUACUCUUUUAAAGUUACAAGGAAAAAUCAAUUGUGCGCCCAACGGUGUAGCUUUUGUAAAAUCUGAAGUACGCAAAGGUAUAUUACCAAGAAUGCUUGAAGAAAUACUAAAUACUCGUAUAAUGGUAAAGAAUUCGAUAAAACUUCAUUCAUCCGAUAAUAAUAAUCUUCAGCGUAUUCUUCAUUCGCAACAAUUAGGUCUAAAGUUGAUAGCAAAUGUUACAUAUGGUUAUACGUCUGCUAACUUUAGUGGCAGAAUGCCAUGCAUUGAGAUAGGUGAUAGUGUAGUUAGCAAAGGAAGAGAAACUCUUGAGCGUGCUAUAAAAAUUGUGGAGUCUACACCUAGAUGGGGUGCUAGAGUAGUUUAUGGAGAUACAGAUUCUUUAUUUAUCCUAUUACCUGGAAAAUCACGAACAGAAGCUUUCAAAAUCGGUGCUGAUAUUGCGGAUACUGUUACAGCUGCUAAUCCAUCUCCUAUAAAAUUAAAAUUCGAAAAAGUCCUUCAGCCAUCUAUUUUGCAGACAAAAAAGCGUUAUUGCGGAUAUAUGUAUGAGACUUCUGAUCAAAAAAAUCCUGAAUAUUUUGCAAAAGGUAUUGAGACUGUACGUAGAGAUGGAUGUUUUGCCGUUUCAAAGAUUCUUGAAAGAUCAUUGAAAAUAUUAUUUGAUACUUCAGAUAUUUCUUUAAUAAAAAUGUAUAUUCUCCGACAAUUUAAUAAAAUUUUAUGCAGACGAGUCUCGAUUGAGGAUUUAACAUUUGCUAAAGAAUUUCGUGGUUUAAAUGGUUACAAACCAAAUGCUGUUGUCCCAGCAUUAGAAUUAACACGCAGAUUAAUGCGCAAGGAUCCUCGUGCAAUACCCCGUACUGGCGAACGUGUGCGUUAUGUUAUUGUUGCUGGUGCACCGAAUCAAGCAUUAAUCCAUUGCGUUCGUACACCAUGGGAAGUAAUGUGCGACCCUGGUUUAUAUCCAAAUUCUAUUUAUUAUAUAACAAAAGUUAUUAUACCACCUCUAAAUCGGUGUUUUAAUUUAUUUGGUAUCGAUGUUAACAACUGGUAUCAAGAGAUAUCUCAUCGACAAUCAUUCGAUAAAUUAGACUACUUAAAUACGAAAAAUCAAAAAUCUACGAUUUGUCAAUUUUUUAAUACUACUAUAUGUAAUGUUUGUGGAGAACAGUCUACUAAUGAAAUUUGUUCAGAAUGUAUGACACAACCUGACAAAACAAUCCUCGCAUUUUACGAAAAGAUAAGAUGGUUGGAACGUACAUAUCAGCAAUUUAAUGAAGUAUGUUACUCGUGCGUGGGGCGACGAGAUGAUCCUGAUUGUGCUUCUUUAGAUUGUCCAAUAUUAUAUCGCAUAUAUGAAGCUCGUAAAAAUCUUGCACAAGUAUCUUACUUAAAUAAUCUGAUAAACAAUGGUAUUAAUAUUAUCAAUACACACGACAAUAACGCACCUACCUCAUAAUAGUGGUUGCACUCGUGAUGAUGAUAAUACUCGUCAAAUUGUGGGAUUAUUUGGACCUCUUGGAAAGUAAAUGAAAUGAAAAAAGCUGCUUUACUAUUUGAAUGUUUAUUCUUUUAAUUUUUUUUUUAUCAUAAUACUGUAUAACAUACAAGAAAUGCACAUUAAUGAAACCUACAGAAGAGAAUCUGAAUAUACAUAACACUUUUCACUUGUUUUACUUUUCAUGCAUUUUUGUUUAGCUAUCAUAUAUUUUUUUUUACUAACUCAAAGAUGAUAAUUUUAUUAAAUACUUGUUAGAUAGCAUAAGAAUAAGUAUAAAUACAUUUUCAAUUUAUUUGCAAUGAAUGUCAUCAUUUUCGACUAUUUCUUUGUAAAUAAUUCAAGUAGUAUGUUCUGACUGCAUAUAGUGUAGAAGAGAAGAAUAUAUUACUAAACUUAGAUUGUAAUAAAAAUGAAAUAAAUAAACUGUUUUCUUUCCACUUUCUCUUUCAUUAUAAGUACUACUGCUUCCGCCGAAACUUGAUGAUUUAUGCUCAAACUCCACUUUCCUUUUUUUUCUUUUUUUAUGCAUUUUCAUUUUCUUUCGUAAAACAUUAUCAAAUACAAAAAAAUGUAGUAUCAUUUGUAAUUGUUAUUUGCAAUAUUAUAACUAUAAAUGAAUAAAGUUACGGUCUUUUAAAUAUUAUAUUUUUUACGUUAUUAAAAAACAACAUAUCACGAGUUAAUAUUAUUAUAUGUGUUUAAAGUGCCAGUAUGAUUAUGAAAAAGAAAAAUGAACUUGCGUUUCGUAAUAUUGAGCACUAUCUUUAAACGUUGCAAAGUUUUUCAUGAAAAUUAUUGAAACAAUUCUGACUAGAAUAUCGAUUUAUAUUUAAAACGCGCAAGUUAUGCACUUUUUUAAUGAAAUACUGAAUUGUUUCUCUAUUUGUCACCCAGAUUUCAUUGUAUAAUCGCAUUCUUACUUUUUUUUCUUUUAUUAUUAAACAACAUCAACGAUACGCUUUAUCUUUCAUACGACACAUUGUUUUCAAUUAUUUUUACUUUCGAAAAUAUUUUUUUUGCAAAGAAUAUAUAAGUCGACAAUAUAAAAACAAAACCACGAGCGUAUGUGUGUAAUGUCAAUGUUGCUUUUAUAUACGUUUAUAUAUUUAAGAGAACGUUGCGUUAGAUUCAUAUUAAUGUUUCGUAAUUUUUACAUAACAUUUUUGACCUUACAACGGAAAGAAAAUAAUGCUUAUGACGUACAAGUUUUAUCAUAGUAUUAUUCUCGCAUAUCUAUUAUAUAGAUUUACUUUCUUUUUAUUAUUAUUUUUUUUUACAUAGUACGACAACUUAGCACAUUAUAUUUCAAUAUUUAAAUAAUAAUUUCAUUUUAAUAUAUAUUUAUUUGCCACAUUAAGAAAUUCUUCGUACCGUUUUCUUUUCGUCGAUUAUAUUACAUAACUAAAUUAAUUAGUAUCGUACUUUAGGACAUUUGAAAGUUAAUUUAAUGUAUCAAAGUAUAUGUAAUAUAAUAUAUGAAAGUGAAACACAUUUACAUACGAGCGAGUAGUAUAACAACAAAAGCGAUACGUGCGUAAAAAUGAAUAAAUCUAUUAAACUUAUACAAAUAGGAAAAGUAAUAGCUUGAACAAAGACCGAAGUUAUUGAUUUUUCAAUUAAAAUUUUAUGGCGGAAUGUUUUGCACGAUAUAUUUUUAAAUGAUCAUUUAAAUAUAUCGUGUAUAUGUUGAUCGAAAAAAAAAAAAAGAAAAAAACACAAAUCAAAUGAUAGUAGCAUGUUGGACUAAAAUAUAAAUAAAGAAAAUCAAUAACACCGUAUAAAUUUACAAACAUUCUUGAUACAUCUUUCCAACUAAAUAUUAUGUAUAUCAUCUUAAAAUUGUUAAUUUGUUUUAAACGCACGUAAAGUCGUGUAAUUUACGUUAAAUUAAAAUGAAAAAAGAACAAAGAAUAAAAAAAAAAAAAAAAAAAAAGAAACAAUAUUCUAACUCAUUGGAGUUUUUACGAUAUUACAAUAUUCAUCUUUGUAAAUUUUUAAUUGUAGAAAUACACAAGAUAAAUUAGAGUAACUUGGUUGAUAAAUCAGAUAACAGAUUUUUGAUCAAAUCGAACAAAAAUAAUAUUUUUCUAUGAUCGGUUUCAUUUCACCUAUCGAACUAUUAUAUCUUCAAAUUAUAUUUAAAUGUGUAUUGAAAUAAGAAAAUAAAUAUAAUAUAACAAUAAAAGUAUCAAAGAAAUUAGUUUUCAAUGUAACUUAAUGGCGAUAUUAUUCGUUUAUAUGCGCAAACGUAAUAUAAAAAGAAGAACGGAUCGAAUUAACGGAUUAUUAUACUAUGCGAUAAGUGCGAGUAUUUUUCAAACAUAGAAAUUUCUAUAAGCUCUCGCUUUGCUACAGAGCACCAAAUUACGUAUCGAAGUUUUAAUCUAAUAAUCUUAAUAAUUCGGCGCGUUAUGAAAUCGUACAAUAACAUAAAGAACGAAAUGUGUUUGUCUGUACGGUAGUGUGUUGUACAUCAUUGGCGCUGUAUAAUACUCGUAUAAUAUACACAAAGUAACAAUGAUAAUGAUUAUUCUUAACGUUUUAGUUAAGAAUGUUGAUAAACUAUAAAUCAAAUCAACCGAUGUUUUUACUUAGUAUCACAUUAAAUUCUAAGUGUAUUGCGUUAUUUAUUUUUUAUUUGUGAAAAAAUUGAGGUUACGUGUUUUUACAUAUAAGUGAGAUUUUUCCAAUCUCGAACCUUUAUGAUAGGAAUUGAGAACUCUGAUAGUCAAUAUUUAUAAUUUCAUCUAUUCCUGUAACAUAUUUUAUUCCUUUAUCAAUUAUUAUAUUAUUAAUCAUACAUAACGAUAAAAUUAUCGUUAUUAAAUAACCUCAAUAGGGUGUACACAUACAAUCUCAAAUCGUUUUGUAGAAACACACAAGCACUUUAGAAUUUCAUCCAGUAAUAUUGAAAAACAUCGAUAAGCUUUCUAAUUGGCCAUUCUUUCGCAUUACUUUUCACUAAUUCGUGUAACACUAAUUAUUAUCAUUAUCAUUAAGCACGAACACAAGAAAAUACAUUAACAGGAAGAAAGAAAAUAAUGCCAAGCUCGGCAUAAUUUUAAGUUGAAAUAUCGACGAUAAUGCUCUUCAAAGAAAAACGCGUUACUUUUUUUUUUUACACGUUACGUAGUAUUAAUCGUUGGUCGGGUAAAAUACGAUUAUACUUUUCGCAAAUGAAAUGUCGCUUCUUUUUUUUUUAUAACUUUAUCGGCGACACUUAAUUUUUAUCACUUCGACUACUCAAUUUGCUCUUUAGAAGCGCUCACGGGGGUGCCCAGAUUCUUAGUUUAAGAAAGGGGAUGCUCUCUAAAAUUUAGAGAACGGAUAAGAUAAAUGAGAAAAAAGAAGAGGCAGACACCUACGUAGAUAACAAAAUACCCUGCACGUUUCAGGGUCUCUUAAAUAUAAAAUGUUCGAACUACAAGGAAUGCCAUUUAAAUGUAUAUGUAUAUUUUCUCUACUUUUAGAUUACAAGAUAAUCCGUAGUCUCCCGAGCAAGAUUCUAUGACAGAAUUCAACUUAACCCGCAACAACAUUGUAUCCCCUUUUUAGUCUGAAUCUCGAAUAACUCUAACUCCUUAUUAACAAAAUCGAUGGAUCAUAACUGUUAUAACAAUAUCAUCUUAAUAAACAUUGUGAAUUUAUCGCGAAAGAGGUAUUAUAUUUACGUUGCAUAACGUAUUACGAUUUUCUACGGAUUUAUUAUAAACAAAACAAAAAAAAACAAAAAAAAAUGAAAAAAAAAAAAAAUAAAUAAAGAAGGAUAUGAUCAAUAUAUAAUCAAUGCGAAUUCUGUCCCAAAUUACUUUCGCCCAACGAGAUUGUCGAGGGAAAAUAUAUAUAUAAAAAGAAUAAUGAUACAUCUAUUGCUAAUGCUGCGAUAACGCAUAUGCAAAUCCGGCAUAAUCCGUCUCACAAUACCAGACUUCAUGGUUUUGUUUAUUUGUUUUUUUUCUUUUUUUUCGGUUUUUUUUUCUUUUUUUUUUUUCUUUUUCUUUUUACAGACUACUACUCGACCGCAUCCUCUCAGAUUGAGAUUGCUUUUGAACAUCCGUCAAAAUGAAUAUUUAGUUUUAUAAAAUAUUAUAACAAAGAAUAUUAGAAUAUGCGAUUAUUUAAUUUCUUUAUAAUAAUUAUCCCUUGAUACAUUGAACGGACUGAAUUAAAGCUCAUUUGCUUUCUUCUCGUAUGCCAACUAUCCUACAACUAGUGUCGAUAGAUUCGAAUGAAGCACGAAGAAGAAUACGAAUGGGAGUUAAAAAUUCGUCCAUGUAUUCGAUUUUACUUUUUUUUUCAAAUGUAACGUGUAGUUUUUAUUUAUUUUCUUUUUCUUUGUAUAUACGUGAUCCGUACGUUUUUUAUGGAUAAUUUAAAAAUAGAAUCGCGAAAAUCAACAAUGAAUCACCGUAUAUAACGAAGUAUUGAACGCUGACAAAAUUGGACCCAACCUCAAAGAGAGAAUUGCAGAAUUGAGUAGUUCCGUUCGUCGAGUGCGACGCACAAUAUAAACACGCAUUCUCCUCAUCAAACUAACAUAACAGUACUGGCACGUCCAACCACCGCGUAGGACACGAUAUUGUAAACUAAUAAUAUACAAAUAGGCAUUCGGAUACACACAUAUAUAUAUGAUAUAUGAACGUGUCACCUGUGCUUGGCUAAACUUGUUAUUCAUAAGUUGGCGAGAGAUUCAGUCUUCGUAUAUAAAGGAGAUAAUAUUCGUUAACAUUACAAUAUGUGUAUUUACGUUUACAACACUAAAAUGUUUAUGUACGCGAUAUCACAGCGCUCAGCAUUUAAUAUGACAAAGGUACUCGUGUUUCGAAAGCUAAUAAUCGUCAAUCUUUCUAGAUGCAUGGGUCGACCACCAUCGCUACCAUAUACUGAAUGUCUGAGGAUAAGACGUUUUUAAACGCCGCGUAUCGUCUUUUUUUCCUUUGUAAAUAAGAAAACAUUCAAAAAAUGCACACGAAGCAGCGAGAUCAAAAAUCAUCCCCAAUAAGUUCACCUUUCGAAUAAGGAAAACAUUGCGAUACACUCAGUUUUUUAAGGCCCUGUAUAAUUUCCGUCCUUUCACGCAAACCGAUGUGAUCACUGAUGAUAUAUUCUGCGCGAUGGAAUAUUCGGUAAAAAUCAAUAUCAUCUUAUUAUAUUUCAUCGUAUUAAUUGUGAUACCGGGGAACGGACCCACGACCUAGUAUCCUAAGAAAGCCCGUUUCAACGUUGCUCGUUGUUGCCGCGAUGUAAUCUAAAAAAAUAUUUAAAAAAAGGAGACAGACAGACAGAUAGACAGAGACAGAGACAGAGAGAGAGAGAGAGAGAGAGAGAGAGAGAGAGAGAGAGAGAGAGAGAGAGAGAGAGA